UAUACUAUACGUAUACUUCGAGCCAUGUCCGGUAAAGUGGAACAGGGCGGCGGUACCGACUGUGCUAACUGCACGUCAGCACGUGUACGGCUGUAGCUAAGAUGAUAAGCCAGCCGUUGCACUCCACAAUACUGUACCGCAUGGUACCACUAUAGAAGCGCUAGAAUCAGCACCGGCGAGCGAGGGCACGCGGUAACGACAGAAACCCCGACCGCUGGCAGCACCGAGAGAUCUCGUCGGCGCCACGAGCAACAUGGGGCAAAUGGGGUCUUGGCUGGCGCCUGGUUUAAAGCAUCUUGUACGGCUUGUGCCACUUACACUGAUCUUAUUGCUGUUGUUUUCUCCCAUGAAAGCGAGUCUCCAAUCUUAUGCCCGUACUGAUGCACCAGUACAGAUAAUCAAGCCUAGCGAUGACCACAAGAAGCUCAUUAUAGACAAAGAAAAUAUAAAGGCAAUCUCGAAGAUCAGAGGUCCUGUAGCUACCAUUGGUGUUGUGGGAAAGUUCCAUUCUGGCAAAUCUUUUCUGAUGAACCAACUUAUGGGGAAGACUAAAGGAUUUGGCAUUGGCCCUUCUGUUCGGCCUGAAACAAUGGGCAUCUGGAUGUGGGGAGAGCCUCUGAAAGUACAAUUACCAUCAGGGCAACAACUUUCCCUUAUUUUUCUUGACACAGAAGGUUUUGCAGCCACUAAUGUCUCUGAAAACUAUGAUGCCAAGAUAUUUGCUAUUGCAACUCUGAUCAGUUCACAUCUCAUCUAUAACUCUGUCAAGAUCAUUGACCAGUCUGAGAUAGAUUACCUGGAGCUCUUGUCCAGGCGUACACAGCUUUUUGCUUUAAGGUCACAGCUGUCUCGAGCCAAGUGGAAUGGAGAGUUUGUUCAUGACCUGCUAAGCUUUCCUCCUUUGUUGUGGGUUGUACAAGACUUUGUGCAAACAACUGAUAACAACGAAACACCUACACAGUGGCUUCGCAGGCUAAUGGAAGCACAUACCAGGGAGAGCGAAGAAUACAAAAUAAGCCUCUUGGAUCUGUUCAAGUCCCUGGAAUGCCACACGCUUUUUAUACCUGCGGUCAAGCGACCCCUCUUAACUGACUUGUCUCAGGCAUCUGAAGAAGAUCUGACCAGUGAGUACAUUGAGGAGCGCAAUGCACUUAUGAAGAAACUGCACGAGGUGUUGGUGCCCAAAACAAAGAAUGGAAAGCCAAUCACUGGGGCUGAGCUCGCUGGCCUGCUUCAAGUGCUUGUAGAUGCUGCCAAUGAAGGGUCUCUGGCUGAUGUUCCAAGCCGAUGGAGUGCAUUUGUUGACCGCCUCAUGAACUCCGCUGCAGAAGACUGUUUCCAAAUUUACACUAGUGAAAUGAAUUCUCUGCUUGAAAAACAUAAUAAUGGUCCCAUUCAUGAUGACCUAUUUAUGGCCCGGCACACAGAAGCGAAACAGAUGUCAUUCACACUACUUCAACAGUUACUGCAUGGUCUGCCUGAUGCCUUGAGCACUGCUAGCAGCCAGUUGACAAAAAAGUUGGACAGUGAAUUUGCUUUACGAAGAGAGAUGAACUUCAAAAGGAUUAAACUUUUCUGUGGAACUAUGCAAGAUAAGUAUCUGCUUGAUGCUGAGGGCUACAUGAAAAGUAUCCCUUUACCAACCACAAGUACCAGUCUUGAAGCAGCCAUGAGUGGUUACAUCAACCACCUGCUGGAAGCAUUCACUACACAGCUAAUUUCAGUUUUACCUGAAAAAGACAUUGCCAAGUACAAGAACUUACUGAAGAAACACUUGAAGCAUUUGGUGGACUCAAUAGAACUGAAGAAUCAAAAAGCUGUGGAUAGUCUCUUUGAGAACUGCAUUGCCUCAGCCAAAGAUGCUUUAUCUUCUAAGGUAAUUCUCACACAUGUUCUGAGUGAUGCACAGUUUGAACGACUCAAGAAGGUUGGAGUUGAUGCAGCCUUUGAGGUGUUUGAUUUGGAAUGCAGAAACUUCUCAAGUGAAAAGGUAUACGGACUCCACGAAGCUAAGCUUAAGAUGGCCCUCUCUGAGUUCAUUGAGCAGAUCAAAAAUGAAAAUGAUCUUCUUGUGCAGAAGCACAUGGCUAAAACUGUCGAGACAUUGCUUAGUCAAUUUGAACAAAAAACUGGACCUGACCAUAUGCCAUUACCCAUGAACACUUCUGAGCUUGACCUCAGCCUGACGCGAGAAAAGUCAAACACAGAAUCACAGUUUUCAGUGGCUUUGGAAGAUUUUCGUACUUCACCUCACUAUUCACAGUUCUCCAAGAAGCUCAUGCUGCAGUUGACCAAGAAAUCAAAUGAGCGGCAAAAGGAGAAUGUAAAAGCAUUUGCUCAGGUUGUUGAUGGGCCACUGAGUAAAGCCCGCCAAAUCGUUCUUCUGUCUGCACACAACUACAGAACAGAGUUUGGUCUUCGCUCUUAUAUUAUGCAAGUGUGCCUUGUACAGUUAGAAGAUGGAAAGGCGAAAUAUUGGCAUGAAGACCUCAAGCGAAGCAUCGUUGUGGACUUCAUGAAUGCAGACCCAGACCUUGCCAAGGCUUUGACCAAUGUCAAGGGAAUGUGGUCAAGCAUCUUGGGCUUCUUCGUUUGGUUAUUUUGGAUGUUAGGUAUUAAUGUGUAGAACUUAUUAAUUAUACCUACAGGAUGUGCUGUCAUGGUGUUUCAAUAUAUAGUCAUCACAAAAAGAUAUGCUAUUACAGUGCACUGUACAAUAUUUAGUGCCGAAGUUGUGCUGUACUAAAUACAAGUGAAAAUUUUGGAUGGCUCAGAAUUGCAGGAGCACAGCUUGGGCUUUGUUUUUAUAUUAUACAGAGAACUUAUUAUGGGACACAGAUGAAAGCCCUUUAGGUGCCUAUCAAAUUGUUGCUUCCAGCAACAUAUCUGUACAAUAUGUAAUCAUUCGUUUCAUGCAAAGCUUGAAUAAACCUCCCCUUUACUUAUA